AAAAGGAAAGAUUCAGAAAAAAGUGUUACCCACUUUCAUCUUCAGUUAUCUAUCACUUAAGAUUGCAUUUCUCAAAGUCUAGUUACUCAUCACAGUAAUCAUUUGCCUCUUUCUGAGAGACACAACAUAGAUAUGAUAAUAAGUAACACACUUAUCUAAAUGGCUGCCACGUGCUGUAGCUUCACUCAAUCUUCUUCUGGUUUCAGGAAACUCCAUGAGAACAUUCAGCUGCAGAGCUACUUCACAAGGUACCAGCAAAGAUCAACUUGCAGUGUUGAAAAUAUCUUCCAUAGGGACUAUGGAGGAAGGUUUUUACAAGUUGAAGGAUGGCAUCAACAUCAGUAUUUGUUAUGUGCAAGAGGAGUUGAGUUGUCCCCUUCUGCCAAUGAAGAAGUUGGAGAGGAGACUGAGGAGGAUAUCUCAAAGGAAACGUUGAUUUGGAGAGCCAUCAAGUUGCCAAUUUACUCUGUUGCAUUUGUUCCUCUCACUGUAGGCAGUGCAGCAGUUUAUUUUCAGACAGGGAUCUUCUCAGCUAGAUGUUAUUUUGUUCUCCUGGCUUCUUCAGUUCUUGCUAUUACCUGGCUCAAUUUAAGCAAUGAUGUUUAUGAUUUUGACACUGGAGUUGACAAGAACAAAAAGGAAUCAGUUGUAAACCUGGCAGGUAGCCGUAAAGGAACCUUCAUUGCUGCCUACUUGUGCCUUGCUAUUGGCUUCCUUGGGCUGACUUGGACUGCUGUUGUGGAAAGAAACAUACGUUCAAUAUUGUUUCUUGUUUGUGCAAUUAUUUGUGGCUAUAUAUAUCAGUGUCCACCAUUUCGGUUAAGCUACCAGGGGCUGGGAGAGCCCUUGUGCUUUGCAGCAUUUGGGCCUUUUGCCACUUGUGCCUUUUAUUUAUUACAUGGCAGUUCAAGUGUGAUGAACCAUUUCCCCUUAAGUGGAACGGUUCUUUCAGCAUCAAUUCUUGUUGGCUUCACAACAUCUCUUAUCUUGUUUUGCAGUCAUUUCCAUCAGGUGGAAGGAGACAAGGAGGUUGGGAAAAUGUCACCUUUGGUUAGACUUGGCACUAAAAAAGGUGCAGAGGUAGUGAAAGGGGCAGUCUUUAUGCUCUAUGCUCUUUUGGUUGCUUUUGGUCUAAUCAAGGCACUUCCUCUCACUUGUAUAUUCCUUUGUGCAUUGACCUUGCCGAUGGGAAACCUGGUAGUUAGAUUUGUCGAAGACAAUUACAAGAACAAAAAUAAGAUUUUCAUGGCUAAGUACUUCUGUGUGAGGCUUCAUGCAUUGUUUGGAGUUGCACUGGCUUUAGGACUAGUGCUGGCUAGAAAUACAAAAUUUACAUCAUGGCCAAUAUUGAGUUGAAGAUUGGCUGGUCGAAAGAGGAAGUAAUGUAGUGCACUAAGGGUAAGCUUGAAAGAAACUGCAUGACACUGAAACCAAUCAAGAGUUGUGUGCAGCAAGCUUACCUCAUCAAUCUGAACAGGUCAGGAGAUGGUUCCACUAUCUAGGCGCCUCAUUUUAACUUACACCAAUAAACCGUAGUUGAUUAGCAGCACGAAAACAUUUGCUGCAAAGAAUUUUUUGUGAAAUCAGACCACAUGUGUUGAUUCUUUUAUUUUUGCCAUGAAAAUUGGAUUUACCAUAUUUGGUGUAAGUUUUUUAAUGAAAAUAUAUGGCAGCUAUCCUUGGAAGGAGUUAAAGAGCGAAA